UUCUCUGCAGGUUUAGCUGAAAAUUCAGGGUCCUGCAGAAGCCUCAGCAACCCCCAAGCAAUCUCCCCACCUCAACACACAAAACCUUUGCAGCGAGCUGUUAUUGUGCAGAUUUACAUCUAGAUAGCAAAUACUAGCAACCAGAUACCAAUCAUGGCACAGUGUCCUUGUUCAUCUCAAAGGAAUGAAGAAACGAAAAAACAACUACAUAAAAUCAAAGCAGAAAGCAUCUUAAUAGAAGGGUUUAUCAACAGAUAUAUUCUCAAGACCAGGACUGUAAUUGAUGGUGAAAGACUGAAGAAAGUGGCAUUUGGAGAAACACGGAAGAACAAACCUCAUAUAACCAUGUUAAUAGUUGGAGAAACAGGAGUGGGGAAGUCGACUCUCAUCAACGCCAUGGUCAACUACAUGCUUGGUGUUGAGAGUAAAGACAGAAUUUGGUUUGAGGUCAUAGAGACAAAAGAAGAGCAGUCUGGUUCUCAGACUCAUGCAGUCACGGUGUAUGACGUGUUUACUGAACACUGCCCAUUUUCUCUGACCGUCAUCGACACGCCUGGGUUCGGAAGCACAGAAGGAAUAAAUGAGGAUUUGAUUGUUGCUGAAGGUCUUCACGAGUUAUUCAAAUAUAAAGAUGGAGUUGAUGAACUUAACGUUGUGUGUCUGGUGAUUUCAUCCAGCACCGUUCGACUUACUGAAAGGCUGCACUAUGUUUUCAAUGCAGUUCUCUCCUUAUUUGGCAAUGAUGUGGAGAAAAACAUAGUGCUGUUUGUCACACAUGCACCAACAAAGCCUACAAAUGCCAUUAAAGUCAUCAAGCAUUCCAAAGUCCCAUGUUCUCUGACUGCUGAAGGAGACCCGGUGUAUUUCAGGUUCGACAACGGUCACUGUGAAGACUUUGAUGAUGAAGAAAUAUCAGAUAAUUAUCAAGCUUCAUGGAAUCUGUUGAACACAACCAUGGAGAACUUUCUCUCAUUUCUGCAAGAACUUAAACCCAUAAACCUGAAGAUAACUCAAGCAGUGCUGAAAAAACGCAAACAACUGACUUCAUCCAUCUUCGGUAUAAAGGAUAAGAUCAUACCGACAGAACAGAAGCAGAAAGAGCUCGAGCAGACGAAAGAGGCUUUAAAGGAACAUGAGAAAAAAGGUGACAAAGAUAACUGGGAAUAUUACGUGGAUGAACCUUACAAAACAAAGGAAUCUCUAAAAUACAACUUGUGGAACAUGUUCACCACAAAAGCCAUGUGCUGUCGAGUCUGUGAGGAAAACUGUCAUUAUCCAGGAUGCUCGUGGGUCAGUGAUCUCUCAACGUGUAGCAUGAUGUCUGAGGGGAAGUGCACACAUUGUGGGUGUCCCGUUAGUAAUCACGAUAAAGAGGGCAAAAUCUAUGUGCUGCAGACAAGGAGGGUGAAGAAGACUAAGGAAGAUCUGAAAAAGAAAUAUGAGAUAGAGUCUGGAGAGAUCAAGACUUUGAUGAGUAGAAUAGAGAAUGAUAUGAGAAAAAUGGAAAACGAGAAGAUCUGCCUGGUGGAGGAAUGUUAUGAGUGUGUUGUCUUGAUGGAGGAGAUCGCCUUGAAGAGUGACUCUGUGUUUACACUGCAGCAUAUGGACUUCCUGAUUGAGAAAGUGAAGGAAACAGGAAACACAGCUCGAGUGCUUAAACUUCAAGAGAUGAAAAAUAAAAUGGAGGAAAAAUCAGCAAAGGCAUUGGCUGUUUUAAAAUCCCUGCAGUAAAUAAGAUGUGCUAAAACUGUUUUUCUUUUUAAGAUUGUGAAAAUUUCUCUUUAUAGGACCCUCACACUGAUCCCUGGAACAUAAUUAGUUACAAUACCAAUAAAUAUAACAUUCAUUAUAUAUUCACCGGGAUUUUAAGUUAGCUUAUUUUCACUUAACACGAUCUGGUCAUUAAAUAUGGAUCUCAAACGAGCUUGUGGAGCUCCUUAGAGUUCUGCAUGGAGAUAAAGAUUAAACAGCUCUUAAACGCUUUCCAGAGUUUAGACAAGAGAAGAUGAGAAGAAACUGACUUUGUUGGUGAAUUGUUCAUAUUUACGUCAUCUUUGUCGGACGAGGAACCUGUGACGAGCUCUCAGAACCCUCUGGAACAUUUGAGAUGAUGAUUUUCACCGUGUUAAUCUUUGUCAUCAAUAUCUGAUCCUCCACAGCAUCCUUUAAGAUUGGUCUAUGUUCACUUUUAUUAAUGGUUUUCAGCUCGUCCUCCACCUCCUUGUCUGUUACGCUCUGCUCAAACAAACCAAACUCCUGUGAUACCUGCUUAAGUGCUGCCUACACUUUCCUGUCUGUUAAGAAGACAGAUGUUUGGACCCCAACAGACUCCAUAAUUCUCCAAUUCUGUGUUCCUGGACUGUGGUACCUUCUGUGUUGGACUGGUAACAGCUUGCACAUGCCUCCUGUGGCCAGUAGGGCUUCAGGAUGAAUAAGCUUUGCUCAUAAACAGUAACAUAAGCAUCAUAAACAUACUCUGUGUAUGGUUUACUUUCCUGUCUCUCUGGAAUUAUUGUGUACUCUGCAUGUGUACUUGUUUGAUACAUUUAUACCCCACACUUACUGCAUGAACUUUAAUGGAUCUUCUUGACCUCUAUUAUCUGUAGGAGAUGAUGCCUUGUGCUUCUACCACGUGAUUGGCCGAUUGGAUAAACACAUCAAUGAACAGAUGUUACGUUUGUUACUGUUAAAAAGGUAGAGUUUUUUGCCUUCAUAUCAAAAUAUGUUAAGAACUACACAAUUUAAUUU